AUGGCACGGUAUUCCCAGUUUGACUUCUACCAACAACAUUCAUCAACAUUAGAUGUUACCCCAUCAGAGGAGGAAGAAAUGAACGUCUUGGAUGACAAGAUUCUCGACCCCAACUCGCCCGGUCUUUCUGAUCCGCGGCGAACAUCAUACGAUACAGAGGCAUACUCACAUCGGAAUUCCGUCUGGUCCAACUACUCUGCCAGCUCCGAUCAGUCUCGCCCAACGUCGCAUUUGGAUCAGUCCGUACUGGAGUCAACGGGCGUCCCGUUCAUGCCUGUCGAUGGAUCAAACUACCCCCAGCAGUCUUGGUCUUUAUCUCGAACUGCAUCAGGUUCAUGCACGCCAACCGUUUAUGAUCAAUAUCAAUCUGAAGCUGAGAGUGCCUCUGCUGCUCCUUCCUUUGUGGGUGGCGCAGUAGGCCCUGUUAACUCGAUGCCCAUGGGUGCGGUUUCAUAUCGUAAUGCUAUGGGUUUCCAGCCACCGGGUGGGAUCGCCAUGUCCCCGCAGUCGAGUCAAGGGUGGAUGCCCGCGCCUAUGGAUUUGGCCGAUGCCAACCCAUCAAAAAGCUCUUAUCGAAACGGGUCACCCUUGACUAUACGUCGUGAUGGAAUUCGCAAGAAGAACGCUCGUUUUGAGAUUCCUGCCGAACGCACGUUGGGUAACAUCGACCAACUGAUCAACCAGUCGACAAAUGAUGAUGAGAUCAAAGAGUUGAAGCAGCAGAAACGGUUGUUGCGUAACCGUCAGGCAGCAUUGGACUCCCGUCAACGCAAGAAACUCCACACAGAGAAGCUUGAAGAAGAAAAGAAGCACUAUACUCACAGUAUCUCUCAACUUGAAGAUGCCAUCAAUAGCUUCCAGAAGCGUGAGGCAGAACUGUUGCGAGAGAAGAAUGAAUGGAUUCAGCAACAACAGCAAGUCACCGAAUAUCUGCAAAACAUGCACAUCGAGAAAGACGAGAUGAUCCGUGUUCACACCCUCGAAACCGCCGAACUGCGCAAGAAAAACAAUAUCUUGAUGGAGACAGUGGAGAAACUCGAAAGAGGUAUCAAGCCUCCUAUGGUCGAGCCUCACCCUAGUCAGUUCACUGGCUUCGACAACAUGGCUAUGGACGGACACCCAUGGGACGAAUUCUCCAUGGCAAACAAUCUCGCCAUGCAAGAUCAUAUACCUUCUGCACCAAUUCCUCCACCUCAUGCAUUGACUCACAUGAACGAGAGAUCCGAGAAACCCAUCUCAAACUCAGAGUCCCCCUUCAGCUGGAAUGCCUUCUACAUGUGUCUGCUAUUCGGUGCCUUCAUCGCUUCCAACAACGGAGCCAUUCCCGGCCGAAACCUCCCACAACUGUCCGAGGAGUACCGUGCCGAGUCGGCUAAUGUUCUGAAAGCGGUGCUAGCCUCCUCUCCAACAGAUGUAACUCACUCCAACAAUGCAGUGUCUGUCGCUAACGCUGGUCCCAGCCAAGCCACUAUGACUGGCAUGGACAUGGCGCGGAUGGGUCCUACUAUGGGUGGGCCUUCUAGUCUAGACGAGCUGCAUGAUACGUUGGUCAUGCCGACCGAGGAACAGGAACGUGCACAGGCCUUCGCUAUGAAUGUGGAUCAGUAUAAUUCCCUAACUACCUUUGAAGGGGAUGGUGUUGGCUUUAAACCUCAGCAACCGUCUAACCUUCAACAGGCAUUGGAGAAUAUGCGGAACAACGCCGCGCAACAUUCACGCAUGCACGAUGCUGCCACUUCCAAUGUUUAUACGAGGUCACUGAUGUGGGAGCGAGUUCCUCAGAAAGUGAUUCAAGACUUCCGUCGCAUGGUUCAUGAGUAUGGUGCUGCUCCGGUCAAACAGGAGAUGGGCUUCCAGUCCGCCUAA